AUGGAGCACCCAGCUAUCGAAGAUCCCGGUGGGCGUGGCGCUGUCCUGUUUGCCUCUGUAGAGAAGUCGAAGCGGCAGGCAGUAGUCGGUGCAUGUGAGAGAUGCCGGUCGAAGAAGAUCAAGUGUGAUGGCCAAAGACCAUGCUCAACAUGCACGAAGAAGAACGUCCGGUGCAUCUUCACCGUCGAGGCGAAUGAGUCCCAUCAAGAAGCACGCAAGCGCAAGUUUGGAGAGGUCUCACAGGCACACAAUGAGGCCCAGGACGUGCUCUCCGCCAUCGCGAACAGCGAUGAAAAGACGGCUCUUGAAUUGUUCAACGGCAUUCGUAGAGGCCAGUCAGUUGCAGCCAUCUUGCGCGACAGUCGGAAAGGGAGCGAAAGUCGGGCUCAGGAUCUCGACCACCAACAACGGAGGAAACUGUUCAUCAUGGCCCUCGUACACUCUACAGCUCCUUUACGAGACGUCAUCGCGUUGGGAACCGCAGUUUUGAACGGCAGUAUACAACUUUCGCUGCCAACACCGGACGCAUACGCACCGGUCAGGGACACAAUAGUCUACUUGGAAAGCAUAGGUCAACUAUUGCAAGUCGCUGAUCCGGAUAUCACGACGUUGCCACUUAUUGGAACGUACGAAAACAACUCCCUCCAUCACGUCAUAGAAGACGGUAUCGACCAUGGCCCCGUAGUUUGGGUCUCUGCCACCCCUUGGCUCAACUUCAACAUCAGUGAUAUCGCAGCAUCCCAUCUGAUAUCCAUCUUCCUCCACAUCAACAACCCUUUCUGGAGAUACGUGAAGCAGGACCUAUUCGUCAAGGCGAUGCGUUCUGGUGAUCGUAACUCGAAGUACUGUUCUCCAUUGCUAGUCAAUUCGAUUCUCGCGCUGGCAUCACAAUCAUCGGAGAUUGACGAGUCUUUCUCUGUGCCUGGAGAUUUACUAUCGCGGGGGGAUCAUUUCCAUAAGGAGGCGCUUCGGCUACGGGCCCUGGAAGAGGGACAUGCUUCUUUGACCAAUAUUCAGGCGCUCAUGAUAUUGAGCAUGGAGUGA